AUGGAAAGUUUACAAGAAAAAUCUAAAUUAGCUGAUAAACAUAUUCAGCAAUUAAUAUCUCCUAUUGAUAAUAUCGAACAACUUGAUUCAGAAGUACAUAUUAAUGUACUUGAUGAAAAAAAUAUACGAUUAAAAACAGAAAAUCUAGAAAAACCAGCAGCUAAUACUGCAAUGGAUAUAACACGAUUUAAUUUACGUAUUGGAAAAAUUCUAUCAGUUAAAAAACAUCCUAAUGCUGAUUCUUUAUAUGUUGAACAGAUUGAUGUUGGAGAAGAAAAACCACGAACAGUAUGUAGUGGUCUUCUAAAAUAUAUGCAACCAAGUGAUCUUGUUCAAAAACUUGUUAUUGUUCUAUGUAAUUUAAAACCAGUAAAAAUGCGUGGAAUUACAUCUGAAGCAAUGCUUAUGUGUGCAUCAACACCAGAAAAAAUUGAAUUACUUGAACCAUUAAGUGAUUGUAAACCAGGUGAUCGAAUUGAAUGUGAUGGUUAUAAUUGUUCAUCACCGCAUGCACAAAUUACAAAAGAAUUAUCUGAUCAAAUUUUACCUUAUAUGAGUACAAAUGAAAAUGGUGAAGCAACAUUUAAAGGAACUUUAUGGCGAGUAGCUAAUGAUAAAGAUGUUAUCAAAUGCAAAACUCUCGUUAAUGUACCUAUUAAAUAA